AUGGACCCCGAAGCAAAAGCACAGGGCAGCUCCGGCACCCGAGCCAACAUCGCUGCCGCAGACGAGGCCCUCCUCGCCAGCCUCGGCUACAAGCAGGAGUUCCGCCGCGAGUUCAGUGGCCUCGAGGUAUUCGGGAUCGCAUUCAGCAUCAUCGGGCUCCUCCCAUCCAUCGCCUCUGUCCUCGCCGACUCGAUACCCAAUGGUGGCGCGUCAGCGAUGGUGUGGGGGUGGGUCGUCGCAAGCUUCUUCAUCCUCAUCGUCGGCAUGGCCAUGGCCGAGCUCGCCUCCGCAGCACCCACCUCCGGCGGGCUGUACUUUUGGACCCAUUCGCUCUCCUCCCCGCGCUGGCGGAAUCUCCUCGCGUGGAUCGUUGGAUACGCUAACACGAUCGGCUCCAUUGCAUCCGUCGCGUCGAUCGACUGGGGGUGUGCGGUGCAAGUUAUGGCGGCGGCGAACAUCGGCUCGCCAAACCAGACCUUUGCCGCGACGAGCGGCGAGACCUACGGCGUGUACGCAGCAAUCCUCCUCUCACACGCGUUCAUUUGCUGCUUCGGGACGAGGGUCCUCGCCCGUCUUCAGACAGUCUACGUCGUCCUCAAUGUCCUACUGUGUCUUGCUGUGAUCAUCGCGCUUCCAGCCGCGACACCAAAGGAGUACCGCAACACCGCAUCGUACGCGCUCGGGAACUUCACAAACUUGAACGGAUGGACCAACGGAUAUGCGUUCAUCCUGAGCUUCCUCGCGCCGCUAUGGACAAUCUGCUCGUUCGACUCGAGCGUGCACAUCAGCGAGGAGGCGUCAAACGCGGCGACCGCCGUCCCGUGGGCGAUCGUCUACGCAAUCGGCAUCGCAGGCGUGCUUGGCUGGGCGAUCAAUGUCGCGCUUGCAUUCUGCAUGGGCACAGACCUGGAAGCGAUCGUGGCCAGCCCACAGCCCAUGGCGCAGAUCUUCUUCAAUAGCUUCGGCCAGAAGGGCACGCUCGCGUUGUGGGCGUUCGUUGUCCUCGUGCAAUACAUGAUGGGCUCGAGCAUGGUGCUCGCAGCCUCGCGGCAGAGCUUUGCAUUCGCGCGCGACGGCGCGCUCCCCUUCUCCGGGUGGCUCUACCGCAUGAACGGCAUCACGGGCACGCCCGUCAACACCGUCUGGUUUGUAUGCGGCGCGUCCGCGCUGCUCGGCCUGCUCGCGUUCGCCGGCACACAGGCCAUCAACGCGAUCUUCACGCUCUCGAUCGUCGCGCUCUACGUCGCCUACGCGAUCCCGAUUGCGGCGCGCUACCUGGGGGACAAUGACUUUGCCCCGGGGCCGUUCAACCUCGGCCGGUUCAGCGCGCCCGUCGCGUUCGUCGCGGUCGCGUGGAUGACGUUCAUGGGCAUCGUCUUCCUCUUCCCGACGACGCCCACGACGGACACGGCAGACAUGAACUACACCAUCGUCGUGCUUGGUGGCGUGCUCGUGCUCUCGCUCGUGUGGUACUACUUCCCGAAGUACGGCGGGGUGCACUGGUUCACGGGCCCGGUGGCCACCGUGGAGAAGACCGCGGCGAACUCGCGGCGCGGCUCGCUCGACACCGACGACAGGGCGCACGAGAAGCUGGACGCGGGCGUGUCCGAGCGGAGCGUGUGA